AUGAGGAACGAAUUGAUGCAGAAUGUACUCAUCUCCGUCUAUUUGUUCCUCAUGUUCCGGUCGCUACCAUACGCCGUUGCACAGAGCAGUAGUCAACCGCCACCCGUCGUUCUUUAUGGCUUAAACAACAAUUUGACCUUUUCGGUGCACAUCGGACUCGUCCUCUUGUUUUGCUUCUUUAUUUUAUUGUUAUUCAUCUCCCUCGGCAUCUACAAGUGCUCCAGGAUCCAAAGCAAUCGAAGCAUUGGCGGUAAUGGCGUGGAAGGUCGAAUAUCACGUAGGGGAAAUCGAGGGCUCGACCCGGCCGUGAUCGAGACUUUUCCAAUCUUCGCUUACUCACAUGUGAAGGACCACAAAUUGGGAAAUGGAGCUUUGGAGUGCGCCGUAUGCUUGAACGAGUUCGUAGAUGAAGAUACGAUUCGAUUGCUGCCCAAGUGUGAUCAUGUCUUCCAUCCUGAUUGCAUUGAUGUUUGGUUAUCUAAUCGCACAACCUGCCCUGUCUGCCGAUCUAACCUCGUUCCUGUAUCGGACGAAACACCUGAAACUAUGGUACCGGUACAGGACAUAGAAGGCGAUGAUUCGGAUGGGGAAAUCCCAACAUCGGAACCAGUGGAGGCAGAGAACGUGCAAGUUUCCGUUAAUGUAGUAAGCGAAGAACCACAGGUGGUGACAGUGGCAAUGUCACCAGACGUAAUUAAUCAGACUCCAAUGCAGAACCGGCCAGCGAGAUCGACGAAGCUGAGUUACGCGGGGAGAUUUCCGCGGUCGAAUACAACGGGACACUCGCUGGUUCAACCGGGAGAAAACGUCGAGCGGUUCACCCUGCGCCUUCCGGACGAUGUGAGGAAGCAAAUCAUGAACAUGAGGCAGGUGAACCGGACUAAGAGCAUGGUGGCGUUCCCAGUGCAAGUAAGUCCUGGGAAGGGUUCCCGGUCGACCGGUGAAGGUAGUAGCAGAGGACGGAAAUCGAUGGGAGAGAAAAGGGAAGGCCGGGUCUUCUCGAUGACAUUGCCUUGCUCCGGUAACUGCUCUUCAUCCUAA